AUGAGGGCUUCGUUGACGGCACACAAGUGGAAGCAAUCUUUGGAGGACAAUUUGGUUCUGGCCCUUGCAUCGACGUCAGUGUUACUCUUGGACCCUCACAGGUAUUCGAACGAGAUAAAGCCAUUUUUCGGCCAGGAUGAUUGGUGGGCAAUCAAUGACCACAUCCAGCGACUAUACGACAUCAAACGCCUGCCACUACCUCUCACAACAACAACCAACUUCCUCAGUAUCAUCGAGCAGCUUCUGAACGAUGAUAUCGACCGUGACGCAUCCGAGAUCCAGUUGAAGACGAUGGCGUUGCAAGCCAAGGAAAAGAGGAUGGCGAAGGCAUUGGCAAAUCUGGUUUCGAAGCUUCCUUUCGUUGCAUUAGAUGAAGAUAUCAAUGAAACUGAGCUUUGCUCUCGUUUCGUGGAACCCUUCUUGGCUGGUCUCUUCGAUGAUCCAGCUAAAGGCAUCUUCCUGCGUUGGACGAACGAACCAAAACCCGCUGCACACAGUAAUGACAAUUAUCUUGUGUGCAAGGAUCUGAUCAAGGUCGCCAUCUUUUGCAAGGAGGCGCUGGACAAACAAUCCUUUGAAGGCAUCUUGGGCAUUCAGGUCAUUGGCAGAAUGGUUGUAUUCUAUCUGCUCACUUUACCAUCUCAAGGCCUGUAUACCCUCAUCCCCCUUGCAAGCAUAAAGAUACCGGACAGCAUACAAAGCUUACCUGCUUUGGUCACCGAUACGCCCGCCAUCCUCAAAGUUCUGGAUGUAUUUGAUCGGCUUUGUGUUCGUGCUGCGUGCCCAAGCGUCAUCAGCGACCGAUGUGCACCAACGUUACCAAUCAAUAAUAUCCAACAACUCUUUUCCAUGUCCAAGAGUCGCAAGAGACAAUGUGUGCUCCAGCAGCGGCACAAUUGACAUGUGAUCAAUAAAAGUUACUUUUUCUCACCUCCUUGUAUGCUUAUCAAUUACGUA